UCUGCGAGGUCACACGUCGAUCGCGAAUCACAUUACCGUCUUUCGAAACUUCAAAGUUGCAGUCGCGGAAUCAUUUGUUCAAUUAUAUUUUUAUUGAAAUAAUCAUUUGAUAAUUUUUCGAACUCUAAAGCUUGGGUUACACCUUCCCAAAUAUUUUGUAACGUUAUCGUGAUUUUUUUAUUGACAGCUUGUCUUUGAUUUUUUUUUUAAAUAAUGAAGUGAAAGUGACUGGGUAGGACAAUAUAACAGCUAAAGUGUGGGACGGAUAGUGCGUGAGUGUGUUAGUGCGUAAGUGCGUUAGUGCGUUAGUGUCGGCAUGUCGAGUGCGCGGCGCGGCGUGGCCUACACCAUCGACAGCAUACUGGGGCACCGCCACGUCUCCAAUGACGGCGUGGAGUUGAAAAGCGAGAGCGUGCACUCAGACUCCGAACAUGAAGUGGAGCAAGACGCCGAGCCGAGCGCCGAACCGGACGCCGAGCCGAGCGCCGAGCUGCCCGACCACCUGGAGCUGGACGCCAGCAGGCCACGCAAGGUGCGCCGCAGCCGGACCACGUUCACGACGUACCAGCUGCACGAGCUGGAGCGCGCCUUCGACAAGACGCAGUACCCCGACGUGUUCACGCGGGAGGAGCUGGCCAUGCGACUCGACCUCAGCGAGGCGAGGGUACAGGUUUGGUUCCAAAACAGAAGAGCGAAGUGGCGCAAGCGGGAAAAGGCACUGGGGCGGGAGCACGCGCCCUUCCUGCACCACGAACAUGGUAUCGGUGAGUGGGGCGUGGCGCCCGUGAGUUCGGGCGGCGAGUGGUGGGCGCUGGGGCUGGGAGCGCUUGCCCCCGCGCCCUGGCACGAGCCGGCCUUCACCGCGCUGCUUCAUAGAUACGUGCUGCGACUGCCGCCCGCGGCGCCACUGUCGCCGGCGCGCUCGCCGUCGCCGGCGCGCUCGCCCCGCGCGCCCGCCCCCGCCCCCGCGCCCGCGCCCGCGCCGCCCGCCCCCGCCGCGCCCGACGCGCUGCGGCUGCUGCACGAGCGGUACAGUCGCGUGCACACGUAA